GUAAAUAUUGAUUAUAAAAAUUAAAUAUUGAUAAACACAAAAAAUUAGACAAUAUUCAUUCAUGAUCCAAAAGUUAAAGCCCACUGCGAAGUGGGAGGCCGUUUUCAGUCACAACCUGAAAUAUCCAAAGAAACUGAGCGUUAUCGUCAUCAUAAUCAAUAUUCAUCAUCCACUCAAAAUCUACAAUGGCAUUAAACCAAAAUUUUCAGACCCUGAGACUGGACUAUCUAUCGAUCUCUUCUGUACAAUUCCUUUCGGGAAAGCCGGUCCAACUCAAAAGCAACCUAGCCGAUUUAAAGCCUAAACUCGUGUCUCUCCAAAAUGAGACUUCUGUUAAACCUAUCACCUGGAAAACCACCGCCAAGCAACACACUUUCACUGUCACUUAUCUUAUAAACUCAUGUGGGUUGUCCUCAGAGUCUGCCAUCUCAGCUUCGGAAAAGGUACACUUUCAGUCUCCUGAGAAACCUGACUUGGUUUUGGCGCUUUUGAGAAACUAUGGGUUCUCUAGAACCCAGAUCUCAAAUCUCAUCAGGAAGCGCCCCGUGCUUCUUGUAGCAAAUCCUGAGAAUAUUCUUUUGCCAAAGCUUGAAUUUUUUCUGUCUAUGGGGUUGUCAAGAUCUGAUCUUGCAAGGACUCUUUCUUCAGACCCAACGCUCUUGACUAGAAGCUUGGAGAACCAAAUUGUACCUACUUACAAAUAUCUGAAGAGUGUUUUGCUAUCCAAUGAGAAAAUUGUUUCUGCUUUAAAGCGUACUACAUGGAUCUUCCUAGAAGAUCGUUCAAAGAAUCUUAUGCCCAAUAUUGCUUUUUUGAGAAAAUUAGGUGUCCCCCAAAAAUUUGUUUCCCUGUUGUUGACUCAUUUCCCUGAGGCUGUGACGCAAAAGCAUGAAGAUUUCUGUAGAAUUGUGGGAGAGGUUAAAGAAAUGGGGUUUGAGCCUAGGAAAUGCACGUUUGUGUUAGCAGUGCAUGCCCUUUCAGGGAAGGGUAAUAAGUCAUUAUGGGAAAAGUGUUUUGAGGUUUACAAGAGAUGGGGUUGGUCUAAGGACGAUAUUCUUACAGCAUUUAGGAAGCACCCUCAUUCUAUGAUGUUGUCGGAGAAGAAAAUUAUGAUGACUAUGGAUUAUUUUGUUAAUAAGAUGGGGUGUCCAUCACGAGCAAUUGCUCAAUUUCCUGUUAUCUUGUUUUUCAGCUUGGAGAAGAGAAUAAUCCCUAGGUGUUCAGUUUUUCAGAUUUUGUUGUCAAAGGGAUUGAUAAAAGAAGAUUUAAGCUUAACCACUGUGUUGCUGCCUGUUGAGAAGCGCUUCUUGGAGAGAUUUGUGAUCAAAUAUCAGGAGAAGGUACCUGAAUUGUUGAGUGUGUAUCAAGGUGAAAUUUGAGGGAGUAUGAUUUGCAUCGUUAGUUAUCAAUUGUGAGUUAAAUAUCAAUUCACUCUCAUUGAAUUAACUUAGCAUUGGUGGUUUUGGGCACCAAAGUAUCAAUGGAACUUUCAGUUCAUGUAUAUGGUGCCUGGACCUGGAGUAGUUUUUGUUAUUUGCAAUUGUUCUGUUGACUAAAACUUACUGAGAAUUGAUUGUAGGUUGCCUGGAAAAGUUCACCCAUGAACUUGAUUCUACAAACUACAUAUAAGUUUCCAUGUGUUGAAAGGUCUCCAUAAGCUUCCCUUCCCUUCCCUCCAUUUUUGCUGUGGAAAGAAGAAAUUUAUAAUUUGAAUAUAGUAUAAUGUCUAGUUAAAGAUAUAGGUUGCGUUUGGAGUUAUGGAAGUAGUCCAAAUUUUCUACAAUUUAAUUGCUCCUGAUCCUACCAUCUCAUUGCAUCCAAAAACCUAUGCAAAAUAACUUUACCACUUGUAUGUAAUGUUACAACUUUUCAUUCGACAAAUUUGCCGUCUCCCUCUCAUCUUCUUACUCUCUGACAAAUCUGCCCAGCUCCUCCUGUUGCUGACGCCUUCAAUCCCUUUGAGCUCCUUCUCCCCCCCAUCUGACAAAAGUUAUGUGCUAAGUGCAAACCUGCAAAAUUGUUGCUUUUACUUGUGUAUUCGGUGGCCAUGGAUUGGUGGCUUCAUCAAGCUGUAGGAAUGCGGAAGACGUCGGUUCAGAAGAUAAGCAUUUACGAUGCAGAUUUAACAGCUUUGUAACAAAGGAAUGGUGAACUACUUACUCUAUAAAUAACUUAUCAAAAGUGUUUUAACUUCCUUAGAGAACCCUUUUUUCGGCAUCGUUAUUCUUGCAUUGGAUCAGCAAAAAAAUGAAAAAGGUGGAGGUGGAGAUAAGAAUGGGCCUGUGACGGACAGGUCAUCUGCUGCUCCGAUAAGCCAGCAAGCACAUCGCUUUUAAAUCCAGUAGGCAUGAUGCCUCUCUUCCGCUGUUUUGUUAGCGCUCACCGCUUUUAAUUCCGGUAGGCUUACCACUGUUAUUCCCCUCGAUGGCGAGACAGGUAAAGGCCCACUUUAUCGCUUCGACACGGCCACUGGUUAUUCAUUCUUUUUCACUUCUCAAGGCCACCUCAAUGCCUCUACUCGGGUAACAAGCUCACGUUACCGAGCCUGCCAUGUAACAUUCAAGAGGGAGAAAAUGUAAAGCUCUGGCUGGCUGUCUCUUUAUUCGGUGUGGGAUAAUAGAUUAUUGAAUUAGGGGAGUGAGAACAUCAGAUUUAUAAAUUCUUUUUAACUAUCCUUUCUUGUUUUCAUGGUAGGAAUAACAGCCAGAGGCAAAAGCUUAAUAGUCAAAAUUCUCUAAUAAAAGAAAGGUAAUGGGCUAAAGCUCUGAAAUAAAAUAAAGUUUCGGUGAAAUCCUCUUGUAAAUGCUUAAUCUCAUUGUUACCAUGG